AUGGAAGGCAAUCAGACGCCACCGCCAAUCCCAGAGGAGCCCAGGUAUGGUGGUUUCAGCAGAUUCGAGAUUGAGCUUGAGUUCGUCCAAUCUCUUGCCUCUCCGCUCUACCUCAAUCAUCUGGCGUCGAUGAAAUAUUUCGAGAAUCCUGCCUUUGUAGCCUACCUCAGCUAUCUACAGUACUGGUCACUUCCGCCAUACACCAAGUACCUUGACUAUCCCGGACCGACACUCAGAAAUCUGGAAUUACUGCAGCAAGAGAGAUUUCGAGCGGAUAUUCUAAGCCCUGACGUAGUUGCCAGACUGUUCGAAGAGGGUAUGAAAAGAGGAGCGGAGGGGCCACCUUCUUGA